AUGGCCUGCAAAAUGGUCAAACUGGCCGCAAUCCUUUGUUCUUCUCUCAUACUCUACUCUUCCCGAACACAAGCACUUAGCUGGUCUGCUGACUAUGUUGAUUGGAACCUUAACCAGAAUGAGACUGCGGACAACCCUCUCCAGUACUGGGGUGAAUGGACAGAACAUCCCAAAACUCCUUCACCUUCCAACUGGAGAAUGCCCUUCUACAUGCUAACGCUGGAUCGUUUUGUAGAUGGACAGCCUGCAAACAAUGAUGCUAACAAAACUGUCUUUGAGAAUGAUUGGACCACCAAUCAGUUCCGAUUCGGUGGAGAUACCAAAGGCCUGAUGGACAACUUGGACUGGAUCCAGGAUCUCGGUAUCAAGGUAAGCACAAUGGUUCCCCGCUCCUUUCCUUCUUCAAGUUUCCCUUGUUGUCCGUCCCUUUGCCCCCAUCUAGUGUCUGACCAAAUUUGUAGGNCCAUCUACUUCUCGGGUUCUCCUUUCAUCAACCAGCCAUGGGCUUCCGACGGGUUCGGACCCCUUGACUUUACACUGCUUGAUGCACACCACGGAACGAUCACAGAAUGGCGCGAACUCAUUGAGGAGCUCCACCGUCGUGGAAUGUACGCCAUCAUGGAGAACACAAUCGGUACCAUGGGAGAUCUGCUCGCCUUCGAAGGCUGGGAGAACGAAACCACACCCUUCAACCCGCUCGAAUACGAUGUACUCUGGAAGACCAGCCGACAAUAUCUCGAUUUCGAGGUCGACAAUGACGUUCUUGAAGACUGUUCUUACCCAAUUUUCUAUGGCGACGAUGGCUACCCGGUGAAUCAAUCUAUUAUGGCAACCUUCGAGAACCAGUGUCGUAAAUCCGACUUCGACCAGUACGGUGACAUGAAGGGUGUUGGAUACGUUCCUCCCUACCAGAGUCAGCUUUCGAAGUUCGCCAGUGUUCAAGAUCGUCUCAGACUUUGGAAACAUGAAGUUCUCGAGAAGGUCAUGCAUUUCAGCUGCAUGCAGAUCGCCAUGCUGGACAUCGACGGCUUCCGAGUGGACAAAGCGCUACAGACUCCUAUUGAUGCUUUGGCCGAAUGGGCAACAUAUCAGCGUAACUGCGCUCGCCAGUACGGAAAAGAGAACUUCCUCAUUACCGGUGAAGUCGUAGGAGAGCUCAAAUUCUCCUCUGUCUUCUUCGGCCGUGGCAAGUCUCCCGAUACCUACUUCGAAGAUCAGCUCGAUGGACAGAAUGCUACUGGAAAGACUGAAGGCUAUAUCCGCGAGUUUGGCAACAAUGCGCUUGAUGGCACGAACUUCCAUUACCCCACAUACNACGUCUUCAGAUGGCCAUCACUCAUUGACGGAACCCAAAGACAGGUUCUGGCAUUUCUCAUCACCUUCUUGGAGAUGCCCGGUAUCCCAGAGUUGAUUUGGGGAGACGAAGUCGAAUACAAGGUCUUGGAGAACUUGGCGGCCGACUACAUCUUCGGCAGACAACCUAUGGCCUCAACAAGGGCUUGGCAAAUGCACGGUUGCUACAAGGUUGGCGCCGCUGGCAAUGGUUAUUUUGAUAUGCCUUUCGGAGACGCGCUCACAGCUUGCGAAGACGAUACAGUCAGUCUCGAUCAGAGGAAUGCCGCUCAUCCUUUGCGAAACCUGAUCAAACGCAUGUUUGAGCUGCGUACCGUCUACCCCGUGCUCAACGAUGGAUUCUCCCUCCAAACACUCUUCUUCGAUACCUACGACAUUUUCCUCCCGUACAGUGGACAAUUGCCUACUCCAUUGGGUAUCUGGUCAGUGUAUCGCGGCCGUACCCCUGAGGUCCAAGAUUUAUCUGGCGAGGGAAUGGGCAACCAGGGCGUCUGGAUCAUCUACUCGAACCAGAACAAGACUGUUGAGUACUCGUACGACUGCAGCAAUUCUUCUCACUCUCUCGUUGCGCCAUUCCCGGAGGGAACGACCGUCAAAAAUUUGUUCUAUCCUUAUCAAGAAUACACCUUGAAUUCUUCUACGGCUAAGCUCGGCAUCGAAGGAUCAGAGGAGAACAAUGGCUGUCUGCCCAGCAUCGAGCUCGAAGCAUGGGGGUGGCGCGCGUUUGUUCCGAUCGACAAGUUCGUCGCUCCUGCUCCAGUCAUCACUGGUGCCGUACCUCGUCAUGACGCCAGAAUCGAAACCACUGUGGACCUCAAUGAGACCGUCUCGCUUCCCAUCACAUUGCUAUUCAGCAGAGAAAUGAAUUGCAGCUCGAUCUUGCAGAGUAUGAGCAUCAACUCGACCACACAGACAGGCAUCACCUCAUUCUUCGAUGCCUCCAGUGUGUCGUGCAAGAACAUCACGGUGAAUGACACACAACGCUUUGUCGGAGAAACACUUUCGACUUUCUCGUGGUCUGCAAAUCUCGUGAACGUUGGUCAUGGUGUGCACACUUACACAGUGGUCAACGCAACUAGUGUCGACGGAACCGCCUUCACCAACACCAAAGCUCGAUUCAUGCUCCGCGUGGGCCGUAACGACAAUCCCGUCGUCUUCCAGAGUGCCAACUACACGACUGGACUCAUUAGUCGCGACAGCGCUACUGGUCAACUGCAGCUGACGCCAAAAGCUGCUGGUGCGAGUCUAUGGCGUUACUCAACCAACUAUGGAUCGAGCUGGUCAAACUGGACUGACUACUCCUACUCUGGUGAGCCAGUUCUCAUCGAAGAGCAAGCUUGGUCUGGCACCAAAGCUCAACGAUGGGAGGGAGUCCAUAUUGUCACACAAUAUUGGUCUCCACAAAUUGGAUCAACCGACCACAUUCAACACUCUGACCUCGGAGCCGAUGUUCCUCGCCGUUGGCCUCAUGUCCAUGUUCAAGGGCCCUGGAACCAAUACGGCUACGAUGGUGGUCUUGACGAUAAGAUGCAUCAAGAUUCGAAUGGCACCUGGAAAUUUGACCUCUAUUCCGAGUUUCCGACAUCAGUUCUGGUGAAUGUCUGGGGUAUGAAUGAAGAUGGUCGUCCAGAUAAGUCGGCUGCGUACGGCGACGUCGAUGGCGACAAUGUGCUCGAUUGGGUACCGCCAGACAGUCUGUCCUUCAACCAGAUCAACAUCACUGCGCCCCACUGGCCCCAUACCGGAUACAGACUCGCCGUAGAUGAUGGUUCUCUGCGCUAUACUCUUACUCCAGCCGGCUCUGCACAGAGACAAGUCGCUCUCUACAUUUUGCUGGCUCUUCUCCCAGUCAUCACUGCAUGUGCUGCUGUCGCCAUCUACCUCGGCUCAUUCUAUCGCCUGAAGUACAAUGCCGUCGGCCUCACGAAGCGCAGCUAUCCUUUCCAUCAAUUUGAANAGAAGAAGACUAUCGCAGAUAUCCUUCCUCUAUCUUUCAAAAAGCUCUCGGAGAAGCAGAGCCCCGUCGCAGACAACGUCGAAGCCAGCCAGGCUGCCAUGGUCACCACCAACGCUCCCGGGGCCAGAACGAUUCUCAUCGCCACAAUGGAGUACAACAUCAGCGAUGAGUGGAAUAUUUCCAUUAAGAUUGGAGGUCUUGGAGUGAUGUCCGGCUUGAUGGCGAAACAUCUCACGAACCACAAUCUCAUCUGGGUUGUGCCCUGCGUCGGGGAUGUUGUGUAUCCCAUCGAUCAAGUCGUGGAGCCCAUCAAAAUUACCAUCAUGGGCAAGCAAUACUUGAUCGACUGUCAACUCCAUGUCGUAGGACGCAUCACAUACGUCCUGCUUGAUGCGCCAUUGUUCCGACAGCAGACGAAGAAGAACCCUUACCCUGCUCGCAUGGAUGACAUGGAAAGCGCCAUCUACUACUCAGCUUGGAACUCUUGUAUCGCCGAAGUGAUGAGACGCAACCCGCAGAUUGACAUCUAUCACAUCAACGACUAUCAUGGAGCCGUUGCGCCACUGCAUCUCCUGCCAAGAGUCAUCCCAGUCUGUCUUUCACUUCACAACGCUGAAUUCCAGGGCCUCUGGUCAAUCAGUACCCCAAAACGGCUGCAAGAGAUGAGUGAUGUGUUCAACCUGGACAAAGAUCUCAUANAAAAAUUUAUUCAAUGGGGCGAUUCGUUUAAUCUCUUGCACGCAGGAGCCAGUUAUCUGCGUGUCUUUCAGAAAGGUUUCGGAGCCGUAGGUGUCUCCAAGAAAUAUGGCAGUCGAAGCUUUUCGAGAUAUCCAAUCUUCUGGGGGCUUCCCAAGGUGGGCAUGUUGCCGAACCCUGAUCCUGCCGAUGUAGAGCACUUCGAUAAGUGUCUUCCGAACCCAGACGUUACCAUCGACCAAGAGUACGAGGCCUCUCGCGGACCAACUCGAGUUGAAGCACAGAAAUGGGCCAACCUGAAUAUCGAUCCAACGGCCGAGCUGUUCGUCUUCGUCGGAAGAUGGAGCAUGCAANAAGGCAUCGAUCUCAUCGCAGAUGUCUUCCCCAAGGUCCUAGAAGAGAACCCCAAAGCACAGUUGAUCUGUGUGGGUCCUGUUAUUGACUUGUACGGCAAAUUCGCUGCCUUGAAGCUCGACCACCUCAUGAAGAAGUACCCGGGUCGUGUCUACUCAAAGCCACAAUUCGUAUACAUCCCACCCUUCGUCCAUGAGGGUAGCGAGUUCGCUUUAAUUCCAAGUCGAGACGAACCUUUUGGAUUAGUUUCAGUCGAGUUCGGCCGCAAGGGAGCACUUGGUAUUGGUGCGAGGGUUGGCGGUCUUGGUCAGAUGCCUGGAUGGUGGUACUCAGUGGAAUCCUCCACGACAAAGCAUCUCUUGACUCAGUUCAAGAGAUGUAUCAACGGCGCUUUGGCUUCGGACCAUCAGACUCGAGCUCUUCUACGCGCAAGAAGCAAGGUGCAGAGGUUCCCAGUUCAGCAGUGGGUGGAAGAUCUUGAGACUCUUCAGACCAAGGCUAUCAAGCUCAACCACAAGGUGCAGGACGGUUCGACAUCUGCUUUGAACUCUCCGAUCAACUCGCUUCCCAACUCACGCAACCCAUCUCGCGUGACAUCUCCAGCAGUCUCGAGACCGUCUUCACCUACUCCAGCAGCCUCAAGAUCGCAAUCACCCAGUCCGGAAACACCGAGACCUCAGAUGAGACGCCGACUUUCUAGUCUCUUGUAUCCUGCUCAUCCCUCCCUGGAGCAGUAUAUGCCCUUCCGUCGCCGUCUGUCAUCUCUCUUCCCUGCAUCACGCCGUACCCCAUUCGCGGACCUUAACCCCAGUACAACUGAAGAGGGUGACGAACCCAGGGACAGUGUCGGCGAACUCCCACGUUCGCCCCCAAGAUCUCGCCCCGGUACAGCUGGAAGUCCGAACGGAGCUGCCUCACACAACUUGUUCACUCCUGGCUUCGGCUUUUCUGAGGAAACCACUCUACCAGGCGAGAUCGAAAGACCCACACUUGCUCAUUACAGACGUUCUUCAACGCUUAGCGUUGAUGAGGUCGUGGGUGAGAAGACCGACUACAACCUACAGAAGGUUGAUCAAUCCUUUACAGAUUCCAAGCUCGACUACUACCGCAUCUAUGAGGGUAUGCUUGGAAAUCUGACCGCGAAGAACUCUGAGGGUGACCUAUGCAUUGAAAACUUCUUGGCCUUGGCAGAAAAGAACUGGUACCGCAGAUUCAAUGAGGCCAAGCUCGGUCGAGCUGUUAUCUCUGCACCGAGUGUGAGUGGCAAGAAAGGAGCAAACAGUCUGCUUGUCANNCAGUCCGCGAAGGAUCCUCCACUGAGAGCGACCGCGCGGGCAGUGUUGGAGCCACCCUCACAGAACAGCGCAGAACAGUUCUUCACAAACGCCAACUACAAGCCGCCAACUGGUAUCUCAAAGUUGUUGAUCUCAAAGCUGCCUUACAUCGCCCCUGAUUGGCCAUUAUACGCCUACCUUCUCGCCUUUGGACAAAUCAUUGCUGUCAACAGUCAUCAAAUCACGAUCAUUACUGGAGCUCAGGGUGAAAAUGCUAACAAGCUUUAUGUCGUGGCAUCGAUCUAUUUGGCUGGAUCAAUGUUCUGGUGGUUCAUGGUCCGUCGCUUUGCAUCCAAAUAUGCAUUGUCCCUGCCGUUCAUGUUAUACGGACUGUCUUUCUUCUUCGUUGGUCUCGCGCCAUAUGGAUUGACUAUCUCUAGCAGGGGAUGGAUCCAGAACAUGUCUUCGGGCUUCUAUGCGUUCGCUUCUUCGUCCGGAUCUCUGUACUUUGCCCUGAACUUCGCAAGCGAGNGGGGCGUGCCUAUUGGAACUAUGAUCUACAGAGCCACAGUUGUCCAGGGCAUCCAGCAAUUGUGGGUGGCUGCACUGUGGGCCUGGGGAACAACCAUGAGCGCUCACCAUGCCGCUAAGUUCACCAACACCAUCAUGAACUCCAAAGUGAUUCUGGCCAUCAUGGCCCCAAUCGCAGUUCUGUUUGUGAUCGUUGGUCUGCUUCUCCUUUUCGGUCUUCCUGAUUACUACCACAACUCACCAGGAAAGGCCCCAUCAUUCUACACCAGUUUGUUCAAGCGCAAGUUGGUAAUCUGGUUCUUCAUUGCCGUCAUCGUUCAAAACUACUGGCUUUCUUCACUUGUCGGUCGCAACUGGCAAUACCUCUUCGACAGCACCCAAGCUCCAAUCUGGGCUAUCGUUCUUUUACUUUUGUUCUUCUUCAUUAUCGUUUGGUGUACUGCACUUUACAUUCUUGCACGCUACUCUGAACACCACUCUUGGUUCUUGCCCAUUUUCGGUGCUGGCCUCGGUGCUCCGCGCUGGUGCCAAAUGCUCUGGAGCACAUCGGGUAUGGGUAGUCACCUACCAUGGGGCUCGGUUGUUGGUGGUGCAAUCGCUGGAAGAUGCCUGUGGCUCUGGCUCGGCGUUCUCGAUGCUCUCAAUGGUGUCGGUAUCGGCACCAUGCUUUUGCAGACGCUCACACGCCACCAUGUCGCCGUCACUCUGACUGCUGCACAAGUUAUCGGUUCCAUCGCUACCAUCGCCGCUCGUGCAUCGGCACCUGAUGCAACUGGACCUGCAUCUGUGUUCCCUAAUUUGGCUCUAAAUUUGAGCGGACUCGGUGCCUGGGAGUUCUGGGUCGCUCUGUUGUUCCAAAUGGUCUUGCCUUGUGGCUUCCUUAUGUUCUUCCGCAACGAACAGUUGUUUAAGCCUUGA